AAAGGCUUUCUUGGCUCCAUCACGAAAUGUGACGAGAUUCUGAGCUCCUCAGCUGGAAUCCGGUUAUCAAACACAUCCGUAUUUCCACAUUCUCUGGGUGGAUAUAACAACUUCUUCUGUUUCGAAGAACCAAAUGACUGUCGAGACCAAGACUGUGGCAAACCCUUUCUACAAAUACACAGCGCCCAAGGUGAUGGACAAAAAUGGAAAUUCAACAUUAUGGACCAUUCCUUGGGACAAAUGUAUCUCAACCACUAAGUACGGCCUUCUAGAGGGUUACCACGUCGACAUCUGGGCCGACGGAGGCCAAAACUGGCUUCGCUCUAACCUGGCACUGAAUGAACGCGCCUGGGAUCCUCAACCAGCGAAGCCACAACAGACACUGCAAUUCAUGACUUGGAAGUUGUUGCAGCAGAAUGGUGGUCCCACCAGCUGGACGGCUUUUUCCAGUACUCGAUACUGUAGAUCUCACGAUACAAAGCCGGAGUACUGGCUGUCUUUGGAAAUGAUCCAUAACAACAUUCACGCCUUUGUUGGAGGAUCGCAAUUCAUCCGUCCUGAUGAAAAUCACAUGAAGCUCUGGGGUAUGGGACACAUGGCCAGUCCUUUAGUUGCAGC